CUUGUCCCGGCAUCACGGUGAUGUGACUGGCUAAACAUAACCGCCGCAGCUAGCACAUCCAUGGCUUUUCUAUGCGAUGAGGCUGGGACAAACUUGUUUCCACCAUGUUGUUCUUCCCUUAAGGUGGUCUGUCCGGACAACUCUUAGGAUCUCCACGUCGCCGGCCGUCGAUCGCAUCACGGGCCCCACGCCCAAGGCUGACUGCAGUCCUUCCGCUUCCGGGAAGCUCGUCUGAGCUGAGAUUUCGAUAACGUGUAGCGGCGUGAGAGUGCCAGGGAGCUUCACCGCUGCAGCAUUGUUUUAGUGUGUAAAGAGGUCAUGUGAGCACAAGGCCGGACAUGACGACGCUUUCUCCAGACGUGCGCGAUUCGACUCUCCGAUCGCUGAAGCUGCAUUGCCCCUCUGCUGAAGGAUUGCCCUCUGAACAAUCGCCCGCCUCGUUCCACUCGCCGACAAUGGAGCCCAACCCCUUCGAACAUGCAGACACAGAAUGGUCAGAUGAGGAGGAAUUGAUACCCAGGCGAAAAAGGAGGACGCAGUAUGUGCCUCCGCCUAUCAAAGUCACACGCGGCGCGGACACCUCCUCAGAGAAUUCGUCUGAACUCAGCCCGGAGAGAUUCGGCAAGAAUGGCAGCCCACUCGUACCUCCCAAAAGCCCAUCGCGGCCAGGGGUGAAACCUGGGAGCAGCCAGGAAGAACUGGUGCAGCGGUUUUACCAAGUAACAAGAGAACGAGAUGCAUUGAGGAAGGAGCUACAGAGGAAGAGCAUGGGACCAAACGGCCUACCAGCUCGAGGGUCUACGGUGUUCAAAUCGGAAGAGAAAACACUUAUAGAAGAACUGCAAGCACUGCGAUAUGAGAUAAGAGUGUGGAGCGAGGAUUACUUUAGUGGACCUACCAGCUCGCGAAACAAGCGGCCACAUUUCCAUGCAGCCAAAGAUCUGUUUGGUGGGUUGACAGACAACUACAACGUUUACUUGAAGCAUCCCGACGACCGACCACUUUUAGUACAAUCCUACAUCUGGUCUAUGCUACAAAAGAAGAUCUUCAACAACUUCCAGAAAGGCAGUGGGUAUGUGUGGGCUGGCAAGCUGGGUGACAAAAAGCUUCGGCACAUCAACGACACGCUACGCAAAGCUGUGAAGAACGAAGCUCAAGCCGAGGAGUAUCACCAGUGGCGAUCGCUGACCGUUAAUCUUCUUGUGCCGCAAGAAGACGGCAAAUGGCGGCCGACUUUCGAUGCUGCGCCUGUCCUGAAGCGUAUAUCGCGCUUGUGCGGCCGUAUGCGGCGGAAACUGCGACCAUAUUCUACCCGGUCACUUCGCGACAGUAAGGAGCAGCUCAGCACCAUCGUCUCCGCAUCUGUCGCCCUUGAUCUCAAGAUGAAGCGGCAACUCGCCGACUACCGCUUCGUCACGUUCACUGGCGGUAAGCCGAAUCAGUUCUGGGGUUACGGCUUCUAUGAUAGCGAGAUGGAAGACGUGUACGACGACAGCGAUGACAGCGAAGGCGGCUAUAGAGACAGCCAAAGUGCGAAAGCAAGAAGAGUCGAGCUUGCGCUGGCGCCAGCUCUGGAGAGGUGCGGUAAUGCAAAUGGGCACGUUUUCGACCAAAGCUUCAUCUUGGUCAAAGCAGAUGUGAGCUGUAAGAGAUUGCAGAAGAUGGAGAGACCGACAAGACCAAAAACAGGCUCAAAGAUCGGCAGUAAGGGCUUUGGUGGCAUGUGGUCCAGAUGACCCUGGGGCCUACCGACUGAAAGGGUUGGGUGGUGAGGACGUCGGCGACCAUCCUCCACACAACCUUCCAGCAACCCUUGGUCCCUUGCUGCAGACAAUAAAGCGAUGCAUGAUUUAUAUCAUUGUCGCGGUCUAUUCCUAAUAGUUCACGGAGUAAGAGAUGUCCUUUGCUCCGACACUCAUCAAUACUACAUCUCGUAGUCGCCGUGCGCCACCUGCUUCAUAUGAUCUUGGUAGGCACCUCAGCUUGUGUACCUGUCGAAGGUCCUUUUCCCCGCCACAGUGUCACAAAUUGGACCACGCUCUCGAUGCUACAAAAAGCAAUAAUGCACGUGGCUUUCUUCCGAGCGUCACCAUCUACAUAACUUGAGUCAUCUGCAGAUUCAACAACCUGAGCUCCUCACAGCGUUGCGAACUUCAGUGAAGCUUACCCAGGUGCAAAGAUCUGCGCUAGGAUUGAUCGCCGCGAGCAAU